UGGAGCGAAGAGGUUGUGUUGCUCCCGGCUAGGAGCGGGCGUGGGCACCCAUCACCUGCUCAUGCCAGCUUCCUCUUGUAGUUCCUUCCUGCUGUUGGGUGCUUGUGCUGGUGCGAGUGCUUUGGUGCGCCAUGGUACGGCGGGCGUGGUGCGAAGCCCGGACACUUUACUGGACAUCACGGCCAAGAUCGUGGCCGAAAACAUUCCGUUCCAGCGGAUAGAGGAGCGGUACGACCGCAUUCCCGAGCCUGUGCAGAGACGAGUUAUUUACUGGUCGUUCCCUAGGGACGAACGCGACAUCUGCAUGUACUCGUCCCUGUCGCGAGUGCCGCCGGUUAGCACGAGUGGUGAACACCAAAACCUGUCCUUUUAUAAGGGAUUAAAACUCUUGGAGUCGGGGUGCGUGGAUAGCGUCCUGCAAGUCGGGUUCCAUCUGAGUGGUGUGGUAUCUACCCCGCGGUCCAGCAGCCCCACGUCAUCGGCGUACAGUCUGGAACCUGACAAGAAGUACAAAGUUUCAGUCAGUUUCGACAGGUGCAAGAUCACGUCGGUGACGUGCAGCUGCGACACGAAGGACAUCUUCUGGUGCCAGCACGUAGUAGCCCUCUCCCUGUACAGGAUUCGCAACGCCGAGAGCGUCCGCCUGCGUGUGCCAAUCUCAGAGACCCUUCUGCAGAUGGACCGCCAGCAGCUGCAGAAGUUCAUCCAGUACCUCAUAUCCGAACACCACACCGAAGUGUUGCCAACCGCUCAGAAACUGGCCGAUGAAAUACUUCAGCAGCGCUCUGAGAUAAAUCAAAUACCAGGUGCACCUGAUCCGACGGCAGGAGCGAGUGCGGACGACGAUCACAGUUGGCACUUGGAUGAAGAACAAGUGUGUGAGCAGGUCAAGUCCUACCUGUCCCAAGGCAGUUACUAUAAUGCCAACAAGCAGCUCAAUUCCUUAUUCGCAAAGAAUCACAUGGUUCCAGAUUUGGUGUUGUCUACUGAGUUUCACAUAGCUCAGAUUGUUCUCUUCUGGGUUGUGACACCAUGCAGUCUUGUAGGUGCAUUGUGGGUAUGCAUAGUUCUGAACCCACACUGCAGUGCCCAAGAGAAGCAACACUGGAAGGCCUUGUUGGAGAAGUGGACAAUGAUUGACGUAUGCCCACAGGAAGACCCUGACUUCCGGCCACAGGCGCUGCCACGACAGGAUGGGUUGCACAUUGCAUUCGACUCAUCGGACAGCAGUUCAGAUGAGGAUGGAGGUGGAGCCUACCGGGCAAUAGAAAACAGUAGUCGACUAUCGAGACUGGGUCCACAGAGACCUCAUCAUCCCAGACCAUCCACGUCAGCCAUUCCCAGAACUGUGUUCCACAGGGCCCUGGAUGCAGUUGGCAUGUCAUGGGAUAACAUGCAUUUGAAGCACAUUCUGUCAAGUGACACAUACUGCAGCCAUGUUCCUGAUAGCUCGCUCACCGUUGGCAGUUUCAACUCCCAGGGACAGCCACUGUGGCAUGAGCCCCUGCCCACCUGUGCAGCAAGGGUCGAUGCACUGAGAUCACAUGGGCACCAGGGGGCAGCACUGAGGCUUGCGGUGGCAGUGGUACGUACCAUGAAGCAACAGCAGCUGGUAGCACAGCGCCGCUGGCAUGAGAGCCAGCAACAGCAGCAACAUCGAAGUGGUGCCAGUAGCAGUUCUGCCAACCUUGCCACCCCCUGCACAUCGAGAUGCACUGGCGGACAGACAAGCGUGACAGCAACACCACUGGUUUCUCACAGUUGUACCGGUUGGGGUGAGGGAUGGGUGGGUCACCCUUUGGAUCCUGUUGGAUGUCUCUUUGACACUCUAGCAGAUGCCUCGCUUAUUCCAGAUGAUCAGACAUCACGCACUCCUUCCUAUUUUGAUCCAGUGGGUGUGGAGGAUACAAGUGUCAGUGUCCCCCCUCGAUAUCAUCAUGUACCUGUGAUUGGCUCGCGUGAUCGCUCGGAGACUUACCUUACGCUGGCUGUUGAGGUGGCACUAAUUGGACUGGGGCAGCAGCGAAUCAUGCCUGCAGGUCUUUACGCACAGGAAAAGUCGUGCAAGCAGGAGGAUCGCCUCAUAGCAAAGCUACAGGAGAUUGAGCUGGACAACAGUCUGGUUGCUGUACUGAGGCGCCAAGCCAUCGUACUGCUGGAGGGGGGACCGUCCAGUGGCUUGGGCCUGGGAAUUCAUCCAGAGAGCAUUCCAAUGCACACUUUUGCCAGGUUUCUGUUCCUUUCGCUGCUCAACUACUACCCUGACCUGGCAUAUGAGGUCGGGCUACGAGCUAUGCGACUGCCUAUCCUAGAAGAGCAUGAAGAUGCUGAUGAUCCAGUCAAUGGAAAUGUCUCCUCACUAGUUCUUAGUCGAUAUCCACGAUGGUUUACAUUGGGCCACAUUGAGACACAACAGUGCACCCUUGCAUCAACAAUGCUUAGUGCUGCCAAAGGGGAGGGGCUGAGGUUGCGUACAGUGUUGGAGUCUGCACAGCGACAUAUCCACAGUUCUUCACAUCUCUUCAAACUGGCCCAGGAUGCUUUUCGAUUUGCUACACCAGAGAAUGGCCCUCGACAUGCAACUCUCCUAAAUGUGGCCUUUGAGUUGGGACUGCAGGUGAUGCGUAUGACAUUGUCAUCACUGAACUGGCGACGACGGGAGAUGGUUCGUUGGCUGGUGACCUGUGCUACUGAGGUUGGAGUGGAGGCCCUGGUGUCUAUUAUGCAAAACUGGUACCAGCUGUUCACACCAACGGAGGCUACAGGACCUGUGGCGACAACCAUCAUGUCGCAUAGUACCAUCAUGAGGCUGAAUCUGACGUUUGCUCAACAGGAGGAAUUGUCUGGCUGUGCCAGAAAUUUGGCCCUUCAGUGUGCUACCAAAGAUCCCCCAAACUGUGCCUUGAAUGCUCUUACCUUAUGUGAGAAUGAAGCUCUAGCCUUCGAGACAGCUUAUCAGAUCGUGAUUGACGCUGCAUCACAUAUCAUGACCUCCUCCCAGCUGUUCACCAUUGCACGAUACAUGGAGCACAGGGGAUAUCCCACGAGAGCAUACAAGUUGGCAAUGCUGGCUAUGAAGAAUGUUCAUCUAGCAUACAAUCAGGACACCCACCCUGCAAUCAAUGACAUCCACUGGGCUUGUGCCCUGAGCCACUCUCUGGGGAAGUCAGAGCUAACAAACAUGAUCCCACUGUUGGUGAAAAAUGUUCAGUGUGCAACAGUUCUGUCUGACAUCUUGAGACGCUGUUCCAUGACUGCCCCGGGCAUCUCAUGCCCCCAUCCGCCUGGGGGUAGCAGUGUGGCAGAUGGGGGGAAGCAUCACCAUCAUCACCAUCAUCACCGCAGCAGCAGCCGUGGGGGGUGUGGGGGAGGAGUGAAGCCCCUCUCCUAUGACCGUCCACCUCUGAGGCAACUCUUGGAAGCUGCUGUAGCUGCAUACGUUAACACAACUCAUUCCCGUCUCACCCACAUCUCCCCUCGACACUAUGGCGAUUUCAUCGACUUCCUCGGUAAAGCACGUGACACUUUUAUUCUUGCACAUGAUGGACAUGCGCAGUUCACACAGCUGGUGGAGAACAUGAAGGUAGCUUAUAAGGGGAAGAAAAAACUUAUGUUUCUAGUUAAGGAGAGAUUUGGCUGAUAAUAACAUCUGCAAGGAAGCAAGUUGGUUCUGCCCACACAGUUGCUUCCUAUCAUUGGGCUGACCAGCGAUUAGACUAACAAAUUACCACAGAGAUUAUUUAUACAAGACGAGAGCUGCAAGGCUUUACUCCUGUACUAGACAAACAGCUUUAGGCUUGUAACCUCCCUUGUGCAAUGCCAUGCUGUCUAGAUUAUGUUUUGAAUAUGUAUUUUGUGCAUUAUGUAUAAACAGAUUUUAAUGUAUGUGCAGACAUAAAUAUGUAAUAACCCCAAGAUCUCAUAUCCUCGUAAAGGAAUCGUAAUGCUGUCAAAAGAAUCAGUUUGGGACUUCAGCGAUAUAAAAUAAUUGUAAUGACAGUGAACAUUUUGUACAUAAUAUUGUGUCUGUGUGUUCGUAUGUGAUACUGCGUUUUCAACCAAAGAUCAUUGUUUGUAUAAUAAGAAUGAGACUUUUUUUAUAUGACAACACAUUUAUACCAAAACAUGCUGUGCUUACAGGACCGGAUGCAGUUCUGGUCAGGGAUAAGCCAAUGCUUCCUAUUACGUAUGCUAAUUCUCUAUAGCAACGAGUACAAAAUAAUAGUAUGCAGUUCAUAAUAGUGAUGUAAGCAUGUGCAGUAUAGAACAUUGUACGUUGCAUAGGUAUGAAUUCCAUAACUACCUCUGUCGGUGAAAAAAAAAAAAAGCCUGUUAGUCUCCUAAUCUCAUGACUGUCAUGAAACCGACAUCAUUUUUGUGUUCUUGUCAAUAUCGAUUCCUGUUUAUUUUGCCGUACAUAUAUUUUUAAACACCAUAAAAGAGCAUCAUGCAAUAUUUAUUUAUAAGAGCAAAUGAAGAUGACAGCUAUCACUACAUGCUGAAUGUGAACUUUGCUUUUUGCCAAAUUUCUUUCUUGUCAGUAACUGAAUUCAGUAGUAGGUAAGAAACUGAUGUAGAGAUAUGACAUUGUGUGUGGCACCAUGUCAUUGCUAGGAACUACUUCACUGCCAGUGAUUACAUUUAGAUCAGCCAUUAGCUCCACAAACAACCAUAAGAUCAUUUUCAUCAGGAUUUAGGUUACAAUGUAAAUUACAUUUACUUUCAGGAAAUCUUGGACAUUCAUCACAAAGCUGAUACAAUUAUUUUCUCUUAAACUUUCAGGCUGUCCUAGAAUUAACUUCAUAAUCCAAAGAAGUUUCCACUUUCAUGGAUUGUGAAGUGCAAGGGCCAUGCCUACUCUGUUCUGUCUCCCCACAACUUUUCCCCUCCAAACUAUUCUCUUUUUUUUUUUUCAAGUUUUUUUUAUUUUGUACCCCACAAAUCUUUUUCUGUUAUGUAGAAGUCUUAAGUCAUUUGUAAUUUAAUUCCCACAGUGGCAGCUACAGUUUUCUGUCCUCAAAGAAGCGUAUUAUUUCAUUAAGAAAUCUGAGUGUUGAUUAAAUAAGCAUGCAUAUUAAUAAGUGAAGUGUCAGUCUGUUCGCUUGUUUCUUGAUGCCUUGUUUUGAAUGGUAUAUACAGAGUUGAGUCUUCAGCUCUGCAGUGAAACAUUUAACAGUGAUCAAAGCUGAAUGAAAUUGAUCUGUGGAUUGUUUUGAGAUGAGCCAGCAUGGUUGUGGGAGAUGCUGAAGUGUGACGUCCAUGUUGAUAAUAACAACAGAGUCUUUAUUUUGCCAAGGAGUUCCUAGUUUUUAACAUUGGUGCACUGGUGAUGUGUUACUGCUAAAGUCGGAUAUAAUGUCCAAUUCAUUUGGACUGAAGUCUGUGUGUAACAUGUUGAUUAUUCAAAAUUGUGACUUUGAUGUAGUGUGCAAUUUUGGUGAACAAUUUCCUAUCUCUAUGCAAUGAUAUAAUUGAAAAGCAAUAUAGUGUGUACAGUAUGACCAACAGCUGGAGAACUCUACCUCAUCAGCAGCUGUGGUGUGCAAGUGAGUGUAUGGAUUCUGUCCUUCCCUCUGAUUAUUUUCAUUAAGUUGGCACUUGGGCUACUGAGACUCAGAAAUCCUUUACCACUGCCAGAGCAUAAAGAAUUUUGGACUGUUCAAGGAGCUGAAAGCUGUUAAAACAUAACAGAAAGUUGUUGAGUUAUGACAGCUGUCAUCCUGGAUGUGAUGCCAUGUAGUCUGAUAGAUAGGUACCAACAUUUGUGAGGAACAGCUACCUCCUAUCUACCAAACUACAUGGCAUCACAUCCAGAAGAUUGUUAUCUCAAAUACUUACUCACCACUGUGAGGAUCUCAGUCUCCCAUGAGGUCAUUUGUUUUAGGAGUCAGAGUAAUAGAUGUUUCACUUAUUUCUAGCCAUACCUGUUUUUACAAUGAUUUAUGUUUGUGUGUAUGUUGCUCUUGUAACCAGUUUUUACUUAUUAGGCUCUCCAACACAUCCCACUGAUCUUCGGAACUGAGAACUGGAACAUUUCUAUUUCCCCUCCCCAAGAAAAUUUGUAUAUAUUUCCAGCUUCCAUAAGAAAGAGUUCAUUAAAUGAACUGUUUUAUUCCAGUAAGUGGUAAAAGAAUAGAGUGGGUAUGCAUGCAGUCAGCACCAUCAAUGGAAAGCUGAUGACAGCAAAUGGUGCUUGUGUCAGAGCAAAUUUUAUGAAAAUAAAACAGUCAGCUUGAAAAAAAAACGUUUCUAGCGAUAAAAGAACUGUCACUUUGAAUGAAAACAGGACAAAAUGGUUUUCUGGGGCAGACUGAUGAAACAAACAUGACAUUGCUGAAACAGACAUGCAAUCACCCAACUAUAUAAAUUCUGGGGUUUCUCAGGUACCUGUGCCAACUUAAUAAAAUAAUAAUUCAUAGUUUGUAUGCCAUGUUUAUAUAUAUAUGCACCAUUUUAAGUUGAUAGGCAGUAUAAGAUAUAUGUAUAUGAUACUCAUAUAUCUUAUACUGCCUAUCAACUUAAAAUUGUGCAGUACACUAGACUCUGAUAAUGAAACAAAGACAUGCUAUUUGUCACAUAGUACUGUCUGCUAAAGCAGGAACAAUUAUUCACAUUUUGAUGAUCAUUUCCAGCAUGCGGUGAUAUUUUGGAAACCGUUUAAAUUUGGGAUUCCAGUUCUCAUGAUAAUGAUUAUUAAGAUUGCAUUUACUGGGAUAUGAUGUCAUGUUCCUCAGCAGAUAUGUACUGCUAUUUCAGAGGAGCAUACUGCCAUCAUCUUCAGGCUUGAAGAUGGUGGGAAGGAGAGGUGGUAAAGUUCUUAUACCUUUAAGGUAGAGACAGGAAGUUCCACCGAAAUAUUUGUACCUGUAUGUCACACCCCAUCACAUCCCAGGGGAUCAUAAUCCUUAUGCUUUAGUUUGCUUUGUUUCUGGAAGAUGCACCAUAUGAUGAAGAAGUAAUUUUGAUAUAAUGAGCUCAAGUCAUUGUACCUACUUUUGGCCUUAUGAAUGUAGCAUUAGUUUGUUACAUUUCUAUUACUUAUGAUUUUUUGCACUCAAAUGUGAUGCAUGCUGGGAAAUGAUCAGAAAUUCCAUGUCAGAUAAUUUUGCUUGUAUUCAGCAUAUCAUGUUUAAGUAUCUUGCACAGUGCAAAGCAGACAUGGUCUGAUCGUGACUAGUAAGUAUCCAUGUUACAAGCCAGGAUUUGUCCUCUUGGUGUAAUAGCAUUAGAAAACAUUUUUUCAUACCUAUGAUACACAAGGCACCAAAAUCUAUUUGCUUGUGAUCGCUGUUGGGCUUAAAAUGAAGAAUUGCCACAGUAAAUUAAAAGAUUUAUGAAGGUGCUGAAAUCUGUUGGUAACACUUGAUUUGUUUGGUAUCUUGUUUGGUUACGUUAUUAAUUAUAUGUUAUUAUAAAAUUAUAUACAUAAUUAAAUUUGUGUGGUAUGAAGAAACAGCUUGGCCACAAAAGGAUGAUGUUAGAAAUAGAUUUGGUGCCAUGAACUGAAUUUUUGUGUGUGGUUGCCAUUAUUGUUGGUACCAGAGAUGUAAUCGACAGCUUAAAUUUGUUGCGGCAUGUUUAAGUUUAACCCUUCACUGUGCCAUUUAAAUUCUUUGUACCCUGAUGUUAUUCAGACCUUUAUACACUACAUUAUAGAGUAGGGGACAUAAAAUUUUCUCCCUUAGCAUAAAGCCUAUUGAAUUUUGACAUGAAAUUGUCAAGCACAAACUUUGUUAAAAAUGCCUAAUCUCAAUAAUGUGAACAGUUUUGGAAAGACAGUUACAUUUUUACUAAGAAACCAAAUUUGGUACAAUAACAAUAUACAAUAAUUGAUGCUGCUGUCUAGAGGAAAUCUUCUGGGCAGAGAUGGGCAUUCAAGCAUAUCUUCCACUGCUGCCAUCUUUUGCUCCCAUUUGUAACAGUUUGCUGACAUAAAUAGAAAAAUAAAUCUUAACCAUUUAUUUAUUAGGAUUCUGCUGCAAGGUCUAGAAGUAGGCCUUUUAUCUUGCAAUCUUAAACAAUCACUGCAGUUUACAGGGCAUUGUUGAGUAACCCAGGAUUCGUCUGACAUAUUUCAGGAGGUUAGGAAAAGAGAAUAAUUGAAAUGUCUGUAAAAGGUAGGUGAAUUCAGAUAAAGAGUAUUCUUUCUCUGGAAAUUUAAAUUGUUUUUCAUACUCUGUGACACUGAAUGUUGUAUGACUGGAAAUAGCUAAUGUGUGAGAUUUGAGGUUCUCACAGUAGUAACAGUGAAAAUCACUGCCUUCUGGGAUGUGAUGACCUAUAGUCACAUAGAUUAUUUUGAACCUGCUACAUCCAUCUUCAAGGUAGAAGAGUACUCUGGGAAUGAAGGUAGCAGAGUUCUUCAAAAUUAUGAUGAUCCACCACAUUACAGGAUGUUGCAUUCCAGAAGAUGGUAAUCUUCAACAGGAAUAUGGCUUCUUUGCAGAGAUGAUAUUGCUCUAGUGCCACAUAUUUAAAGUACUGAGGAUUGUUUUAUGUUUAAUGGUUGUUUUUAACCAAAUUUGGAAACUGGUGAAGCUUGCAGAAUUUUGAAUUACGGAAUACCAGGAUUGUAUUUAGUACUGUUAAGUCAUUUACUUUACUCUGCCAGUCAUCUUAUUAUUAUUAAAAGUAAUGGGGUCUGCCUAGUCAUAGCCCAAGAGUGAAUUCCUGAUUUCUGUGGUUUGGUAGAGGCCGCUAAUGCCUAAAAGGCCAUGAGUGGGCAUAUUCUCAACAAACAAAUCAGUCCAAGAAAUAUAAAGUUGAAUUCUCAACACUGUAGAUGAAUAAAUUUUGUUUAGUUCAGAGAGUACUUGACCACACAUGCAAUGGCAAUACUUGCUUGCAAUCCAAGUCAUGUGUAGCCUGACUAAUUUAAAGGGUUGGAAAUUCAGCUGAUUCUUCUGCUAGCAGAGUGGGAUAAACAAGGAAGCCAAACCUCCUUUUAAAUCUCUAAACAUCUUUCUUUCUGUGGAGGGUUAGUCAUGACUUACAGACAAAUUGUAAAAAUAAAGUCUGAUCAGACUUAUAGUGACCAAGCAUAUGAAUGCUCUUACUGAGGUAAACAGGAGUUUUACAAGAUUUAAGAGCAUUAUGAACCUAUGCUGGUAAAAAGUCAAUUUCAUUGAAAGAAAAAUAUUCUAAACACAAGAAGGCCUUGCAUGAAGUCUGUAUAUGGUGCCCAACAGUCAUGAUAGUUAGCAUGUAGAUAAAAUAUGUCAUUGGAGAUCAUGGAAUUCUCAGAAAAUUUAGUGCAUUCUCUGUGGCACAAUCUUACUUCCUAAAUAUGUUCAGUAAUAACUGAAUAGUAUCUUUGACCAUUUAUACUGUAAAGAAAUGCUUUGAAGUUGCCUGUUACUGACAUAUUUUACUUGGAAACAUGUUGUGUUUAGGUGUGUCACUUAUGUAUCUGGUAUACUACCAGAUGUCACACAGCAGCAGGUACUUACACCAUGAGAACCUCAAAUUGAGCAUACUGUACUUUGAGUAAUUUAAAAUAUCACAACUGACAGGCUGAAGAAUGCUUUGGUAACAGAAUACAGUUCUGGGGUACUGGACAGGCACUAUUGCUUCUAAUUGCCUCUGCCGCAAUAUCUGACCAUAAUUAAAGAAUGUGUAAGUUGAUUAUUUAUUGGUUUAUAUGUAUUCUGAACCCUGUGGAAAACAAUGGUCUACAUUUCAGAUUUACUGUUUCAAAAAUAUUAAACUUUUAAUUCUUUUCAGAACAGUGCUGCACAAUGGAUAGAGUAUAACGUGGUCUAAAACCUCAAGUUAAACCACUUUUUGUCUUUCAGUUGUAAACUUUACAUUUAAUUGAUGGUGAAAUGGUUAAUUUGAGCAAUGUUUAUGUUACAUGGUCAAAAUAAUACAUAAAGUAAGCAUGAAUGUAGACCAUGCCAUAGCUCAGGUAACUAGUUGCUGGAUUCCCACCUAUAAGUCCCAAGUUCAUUUCCAAGGUAGCCUGUUUGGGUGCUUGUGGUGGACUAAGUGGCACCGGGGUAGGUUUUUCUCCAAGCAGUUAAAUUUUCCUCUGCCGUCUGUGAUGCUGUUAAUGCUCCAUAUUCAUCUAUCAUCAAGCUGGUACAAGAGGCCCAUCAUCAAGGGACUUGGUCGCACCCCACUUCUAUUAACUAUGAAAUAAUUGUGAUGAUAUUUUUUAUAAUGCUUCUUAUGAAAUAAACAUAAUGAAUCGACAGUAAAUAUUGCUAAUCAAUGUCUGUUGCAAAUUUUAAGUUGUAAAAACUCAGUCUUUUGGGUUCAAAAUUUUACUAGAUUGUGUUUGGUUUUCAAAUGAGUUUAUUUCUACUGGUUAAAUUUACAGAAUCAUUCUCUUCUCCUCCACCCCUCCCAUCCCCCCCGCCAUUCCUCCAUUGUCAUGUCUCGUUCAGUGCCCCAGUAACUUUAUGUGCCAGAUUUGUUUGU